ACUCGUGUGGUAAGAUGAGUUGUGAUGUGCCAUUCGCAGAAUUUUCGGUUUUAUGAAAAGUAGCUUUACUGGUUUAGCGUGUAAAAUUGGCAAAUAUGUUCCACUACAAUACAACCUUAUAUGCUUAUUUGCAUAAAAAUGCCUAGCAGCUAAAGAUAUCUUUCAAGCGUUGUCUGUGAAAAGUAAUAAUAUUUUUGACCCUUCAGUGUAUGUAGAAUAGUGGGAACCCAUCAUUACCCGAUGGCGUCCAAAUAGAAACUUUUUUACCUCAUUCGCGUCUGUAUUAAACGGCGUUUACUGAUCUCGAUGCUUUGUUCAAAAGAAAAGUUUCUGAUAUUGCUCUUCAAAACGUUUUGGAAAUUCUAUGCUAAUGUCUGUUGGCAUUUAGUGACUGUAUAAUUCAUAUGACAUGACUCAGAUGAAAUCAGUGAUUACGGUUCUGUAGCUUAGUGUACCUGUAGAUUUAAUGAUGUAUACUUUGCUUGUGACCUCAUGUCGAUAUUCCUGUAUUUGUGUCGUGUAAAGCAUUCACCCUUUAUCUUUAUCAGUAAUCUUUUCUCGUCUUGUUUCGGAUCUCAGCGCUUCAUAUUGACCGAAUUGUUUGUUUCCUAAGUAAUCAAGAUAUGAACCAACACUUCGUACAGGAAAUUGCAGUGUGUGUACCACCAAAAUAUAUCCUAAUUGACCAGAAGGUAUUUAGUACAGCACUAAUAAAUUAUAGAACUCAGGCAUAUAUUCACAGCACAUUACAGUGUGUAUGGCUAGAGGUGUUAAUAUCAAACUCUUUCAAUCUCUUACUCUUGUUCUUUAUGUAACAAAUAUUGAACCGAAUGAAGCAAUCGAAUUAACUUUCAAGUAGUCAACAGAAAGUACUUAAAGUGCCUUUCUCCAAAUCAUUCAGUAAAUAACUCUGUAUGUCUUAAACUUUCAAGCGAUAAAGCUGCAUUCUUUGGUGUAACUAGUAGCCAACAUUUUUAAAAGGCUACAGUUUGGUGAAUUCCUUGCUAAUCCCAAACAUUUUACACCUGCGUAAUGGUGUUGAUGUUUAUGGUGAUCUUUAUGUUAUUAAGACGUUAAUAUUCAACAAUCUUUAACUCUAUUUUCAUUGACCUGUGUCUAUUUCAUUUAUGCCUUUUCAUAUAAAACUUAGUAUAGAUUUUUUUAUUUGGUCAAAUCAAAUGUUGACUCGGAUUUCAGAUAAAUCCCAAAUAUCUGGUUGUAUAGAUUUUGUAAACUUUGGCUGACUUCAAAUAAAUGAAGAAAAAUCCCGCUAAGAAACAAAAUCGGACAUAUGUGAAAAAGCCACCUCGCAGGAUUACUAUAUCCCGUUCCAAAUCCCUCAAAAGUGAUUUAGAACGUUAUGAGAAAGUGGGUGGGGUUUUUGAUAAACGUUUGGGUAAUCGUAAUGUCACUCUAACUGAGUCCGAAAAGUCUUUGCAAAGACACAUCGUCGAAAAAUUGAGACAACUUGAUAGUGUCUCGUUAGAAAGUAUUGAUGAUAAAGAUCCUUUAUUCAAAGCGGCAUUUGACUCAAGUUUUCCAGUGCGAAAAUUAUGCACGGCUGAUGAUGUGGAAGGCGGAAUUGAAGGUCAUAUUGUGGAAAACAUCUUCUUCACCAAUGGUUCUACCGGUAAUAAACUGGGACAUAGUUUCAAGGACUCUCUGGAGGAAAAAAUUGCAGCUACAAAAUUGGAAAAGCUAAGACGUGUCGAAGAAAAUGAAGAGCAACGUGAGCGAUUAAAGGUCGUCAAUGACGAAUGGACAAAAAACAUUCGUUUCCUCUUAAACAGAAUCCACGGCAUGAAGAAACGUCCGACUACAGCAACUCAGCAGAACAAUAAUACGAAUGUUUCCCGUUUACUAGAAACAUUGAGUACCGAUAAAAAAGUGGUGCCCAUCGGCUCCUCAAAUACACACAACCCACAAGAACAGCUCUUUAGGCUUCAGGAUAUGGUGAGCGCCCGCAGGCCUUCGAUUGAAGCGAGCGACCACGUCAUUGAAUCAGAAACAUUGGUUUCCCAUCUUCGUAUUUUACUCAGACUACCGAAAGAAAAGUCCACUGCUAUUAUCUUCAUUUCUCACCAACUUUGGACAGCUAGAUUGCAUCGUUUAAAAGACGUUGUUCGCUAUCUUUUCUUAAUACAGUUGGCGUUUGAAUAUUGCUCUGAGAUAUUUGAACGUUUAGAAAAUGAUGGAAAAUUGUCUACAAAUAUUAUUGAAUGUGGUAUUUUUUGUCCGGAAAUUGUACAUGCACUAUCCCGAUUGUUUCGCCUUACUUCACUUGGUUCGAAUCUACAAAAACACAUUUUAGCUUUAAGAAAACCAUUGACUACUAUUGAAGUAUCCGAUUUGCCGAGUCUCGACAUUCGCCUUGUAAAUAGAUCUUCCCCCUUAUCUCUCAACGAAAUCCCUGUACUUCGUUUAACUUGCGUUUACAGGAUGAUUCGUCUAGCUAACCAAGUUUUCCUACUAUAUAACAAAUUCUUACCUAAAUGCGUUCUAGUGAACUUGUUUCGUCCUUUGAAAACGUCUCUGGUAGAAAGUAACUUCCUUUAUCACCCCACGUUUAUAGUAAAUGAAAUCAAAAGUCUCUUCGAAUCAAUCAAGUCAGCAGAAAAUGCUCCUACACCUGCUCGAUUAAUAUCAGAUCGUCGUCUUUUAGUUUUGAAUACCUUGAAACCAACAGAUUCCAAAGAAUUUAAAAAGUUAGGCAUUCUGCCUCAACUUGAGCCUGUUUUCGAUGAACGAUUGUGUGUAAAUCAGCGUGAUAAUACUAAACGAACUUUACAGCGAAAAAUUGCAAAGGAAAAACGUUGUGCAAUGCGGGCUAUUCGUCAAGAUUGUCAAUUUUUAGCUUCACAUCAGUUGAAUAUUAUUAAAAAGAGCGACUAUAUUCGGGAAAAGAAAACAAAAGCCAUCUUAAAUUCGAUGCGUUCAGUUGAAGAUUGAUACUGAAAUCCUAUUGUACCUGCAAAUAAUAAUAAUAUAAUACGAC